UUUCAUUCUUUAAACCUCAAAAACACUCUCCUUUUUUCUUCUUCAUUUCCCUUUCACUUUCAUUUUUAGACUUCUUCAAAUAUUUUCUAAUCAAUCCAUUUCUGCACAAGAAAAUCUAUCACGCAGACCCUUUUCCUUAAAAGAGUCGAAGACUUGAUUACUUAGAUCCCUAAAAUCCCUCUUCUCUCUUUAAACCCCAUCAAAAUCCUCAUUCAGAAAACAUCAUUUUCUUCUUCUACUAAGGUGGUUGCAUUUCUUUGACACAAACACAAAAGAAUAGCAAGCUUUGGGUUGUUGUUGUUGAAAUCAUGGAAAAGGAAGAUUCCAUUGAGAAAAAGGUGAUUGACUCCGCAGCCGCUGAAAAAGUGGAUUUAGAUACUAUCAAUCUUCAAGCAGAGAAUCAUAAUGAGCUGCUGGAUAAAAUAGAAUCCUUAUACAUUGACAAUGAAGAUCCCAAGUUAAUUCAUGAGGAAGUCAAUGGAGAGUCAGGUAGCCAUGAGAUUCAGAAUGUGGGAUCUGAAAAUCAAGAUGAGAUGAGUCGAAGUAUGGAAAAAGCUUACGAAGAGGAGCAAGAACCUGUCUUUGAUGGAACUGAGAUUCCUGGGGUGGAAACUACGAGGACUUCGUCUACUAGUUCUCUGGAUCUUGAUUCAGAGGCACAAGGAUCUGCAUGGCCUGAAAAGGCUGUGGCACUCGGAAAAAUUGUUAAAGACAAGAGUGUUGUCGCUGUUUCCAAUGUUUUUCGGCGACUUUCUGGAAGUAAAGAUGAAGAAACACAAAAUGUCCCUGAUGGUGAGGGGAAGGAUGAUGAUUCAAAUGACAGUUCUAAGGAGGAAGAGGAUAAGAAAACAGGAAAUGAACCGAAAGAGGCGUCUAAAAACCCAUUGGAGCGUUUUGGCUGGAAUCCUUUAGCUAUGAUUAAACGUGAUCUGAGUAUGCAGGGCAAUGUUGAGCAAGGGGAAGAUAACAGUGUAGAAAGUCCAGUUCCACCACCAUCCAUGAAAGGAAGAAUUCUACUGUAUACGAGGCUAGGCUGUCUGGAGUCCAAGGAUGUGAGGUUAUAUCUGCAGGCGAAAAAUCUCAGAUAUGUUGAGAUUAAUAUUGAUGUUUACCCCAGCAGAAAGUUGGAGUUAGAGAAGCUCACCGGGUCUUCUGCUGUUCCCAAGGUAUUCUUCAAUGAAGUUUCUGUUGGAGGUUUGGCUGAGCUCAAGGCCAUGGACGAGGGUGGCAGUCUUGACGAGAAGAUUAAAGAGCUCAUCUCUGAGGAACCAUCCUCCGAGGCUCCUUUACCACCACUGUCAGGUGAAGAUGAUGUAUCGUGCAGUGGAACAGUUGAUGAACAGGCUACAAUUGUUAAGAAAAUGAAAGAGACUAUUUCUGUUAAGGACAGGUUUUACAAGAUGCGAAGGUUUACCAACUGUUUUCUAGGUUCAGAAGCUGUGGAUUUUCUGUCAGAGGACCAAUACAUGGAAAGAAAGGAGGCCAUUGAGUUUGGUCAACAGCUUGCAAAAAAAUACUUCUUUAGACACGUUCUCGAUGAGAAUAUUUUUGAAGAUGGUAACCACCUCUAUCGAUUUUUGGAUCACGAUCCCAUUGUGUCGUCUCAAUGCUACAACAUUACAAAGGGAAUAAGUGAUGUUAAACCAAAGCCUGUGAUAGAGAUUGCUUCAAGGUUAAGGUUUCUAUCUUUUGCUAUGUUCGAAGCUUACACAUCUGAAGAUCGAAAACAUGUCGACUAUAGAAGUAUCCAUCGCAGUGAGGAGUUUGCAAGGUAUCUGAGGGUGGUUGAAGAGCUUCAGAGAGUGGAGUUGCAGGAUCUGCCAAGAGAGGAGAAGCUUGCUUUCUUCAUAAAUCUCCAUAACAUGAUGGCCAUCCACGCAAUACUGUUGUGGGGUUAUCCCAGUGGAGCUAUGGAGCGAAGGAAAAUGCUAGGUGACUUUAAGUAUGUCGUUGGAGGGUAUACCUAUUCGCUUUCUGCUAUCCAGAAUGGAAUCUUGCGCUGUAAUCAGCGACCUCCAUAUAACAUCACCAAGCCCUUUGGUGGGAAGGACCCACGUUCCAAGGUAGCUCUGCCAUACUUAGAACCCUUGAUUCACUUCACCCUAGUCUGUGGUACCAGAUCUGGUCCUGCACUUCGCUGCUACUCACCUGGAAACAUCGACAAGGAACUAAUGGAAGCCGCUCGCAACUUCCUCAGGAAUGGAGGGCUUAUUUUUGACCCAGCAACUAAAACAGCUUAUGUCAGCAUAAUCCUCAAAUGGUUCAGCGUUGAUUUUGGAAAGAACGAGGGUGAGGUAGUGAAGCAUGCAGCGAACUACUUAGAGCCAGAGAAAUCGGAAGAACUGCUGGAGUUAGUUGCUAUCAAUCAAUUGAAAGUGACAUAUCAGCCUUACGAUUGGGGUCUGAACUGUUAGCAAAAAAUUGCAGCUGCAAUACCUUGCUCACCUUAUACUUGUCAGGAUUCAGAGACAAAACCAUAGUUUUACUUUUGUUUCAUAGAAAUUUUAAAUUAGAUUGAAAAUUUUCUUAGUUUCAUUAUUAGUGGUUAAACCCUGUAGUUUUGAUCGUCAAUGCUAGCAAAUAAUUACAGGAAACAUUAUAUAAGAUUGUACUGUAUUUGGAUACUUGAACAAAUAACAAAGGCAUUGUUUUACAGUUCCAAAUGGAAUGACCUA